UUUUGGCUUCAAUCUCAUCUUCUCUCUCUCUUUCUUUUAGUAAAUUCCGGAAUUGAUAUCUUCAUUGUCGUGAUUCAUGGAUGUUGAUUCGUUUUCCAAUCGUUUUCUAUCUUUUCCUUUCAUCUUUUGUCCAGUCCGUUACUUGUGUACAUUCUGUCGUAGUCAAAUGGGUGGUUGUUAGUUAAAGCAGAGCCACUGUGAUUGGUCUCGCUUUCUUCUCUGAAUUUUUUAUUCUGGGGCGCUCGAUUUUUUGUAGUUUUUUUUUGUUAAUUUACUUUCUGGGUGAUUCUUAUUGUGAUUUGUUCGUCGUAUUUUUGUCAUUUCGAAGGGGGGUUUUUGUUAGUGUUGUUUAAUUGUGAUUUUAUAAGGUGUUUGGUUGGAUUUUUACUUGAUUGCUCUGUUUCCUUUGAAUGUAUUUAGCUUCUUCGUUUAUUUUCUUGGAAGUUUGUUCGAUUUAUCUGAAUUUCGCCUCAAUCAUUUUUCUGUGGUUGCAAAAUGUAAUUGAGUCCUGGAAUGUCAUUUUGAAGUUGAGCAUAUUGUACCCUCUUAGUUCAUUUAACUUGCAUUGUUAUUGCAUAAAUCUGAUACGCAUAGAUCAAUAUGUAGCAAUUUUCUACUAAUAAUUGAUUGAGUUCAUAGGUUGUUGUUGCAAUUCUGUUUGAUUCUAUCAUUUUUCAUGGUUGCUGUCUUUUUCUUGUUCAUUCACAGAUCUGUUUAUCUUGCAGCAUUUUUGUGAGGAAAGUAGCAGCUCAGUUUAAUGGCUCAAGAUCAUUCUGGUUCUGAAUCUCAUCAGAAACGGGCAGGUCUAUUGAAAGAUCAAGUGAGAUUGGUUAAGAGAAAGGAUUCGGAUCGCUAUGAAAUUGUUUCAAUCCAAGAUCCUUUGUCAUUUGAGAAAGGGUUCUUCAUAGUUAUUCGUGCCUGCCAGCUGCUAGCACAGAAGAAUGAAGGAAUAAUAUUGGUUGGUUUAGCUGGUCCUUCUGGGGCUGGAAAAACAGUUUUCACAGAAAAGAUAAUGAACUUUAUGCCCAGUAUUGCUAUCAUAUCAAUGGAUGAUUAUAAUGAUGCAAGUCGAAUUGUCGAUGGCAACUUUGAUGAUCCACGCUUAACUGACUACGACACUUUGCUCCAGAAUGUCCAAGAUCUAAAAGCAGGGAAGCAAGUUCAAGUCCCUAUUUAUGAUUUCAAAUCUAGUUCCAGAAUUGGAUACAGGACAGUUGAGGCUCCAAGCUCAAGGAUUGUGAUCAUCGAGGGAAUUUAUGCAUUAAAUGAAAGAUUGCGGCCCCUGUUGGACCUUCGAGUUUCUGUUAGAGGUGGAGUUCACUUUGACCUUGUGAAACGGGUGUUACGUGACAUCCAACGUGCUGGCCAAGAACCAGAAGAAAUUAUUCAUCAAAUUUCUGAAACAGUGUAUCCAAUGUACAAGGCUUUUAUUGAACCAGAUCUUGAAACUGCGCAUAUAAAAAUCAUCAACAAAUUCAAUCCCUUUACAGGAUUUCAAAGUCCCACUUACAUAUUGAAGUCAGCAAGAAAGAUAACAGUGGAUCAAAUUAAGUCUGUAUUAUCUGAAGAUCAUACAGAAAAUUUGGAGCAGACAUACGACAUAUAUCUGUUGCCACCAGGUGAAGAUCCCGAGUCUUGUCAAUCGUAUCUAAGGAUGCGCAACAAAGAAGGAAAAUACAGUCUCAUGUUUGAGGAAUGGGUUACCGACAAUCCAUUUAUCAUAUCUCCGAGAAUAACUUUCGAGGUCAGUGUGCGCCUUCUUGGUGGACUGAUGGCCUUAGGAUACACAAUAGCAACAAUUCUUAAAAGAAAGAGCCAUGUAUUCUCAGAUCACAGAGUGUGUGUCAAAAUUGAUUGGCUGGAACAAUUAAAUCGCCAGAACGUUCAGGUACAAGGUAAAGAUCGGCUAGUCGUAAAACAUGUAGCGGAGCAGCUUGGCUUGGAUGGUUCCUACAUUCCUCGUACCUACAUUGAACAGAUUCAACUGGAGAAGCUUGUAAAUGAAGUCAUGGCCUUGCCAGAUGAUUUGAAGUCUAAACUCAGUCUUGACGAGGAUCUAGUUUCAAGCCCCAUUGAAGCACUCUCUAGAGCCUCUGCUGAUAGAGUUUCCUUGAGAAAUAGAAAUCUCAAAAGUGGCAUAUCUCAGUCAUAUACAACCCAAAGGGAGAAAAAUCUGACUGGAUAUGCUUCCAACAACCAAAGAUUUGUCGACAGCAACACGGAGUCUUCGGCAAUGCUUGCGAACCAGGGAGCCAUUACUCAGCUUUCUGAACAAAUUUCAUCACUCAAUGAUCGAAUGGACGAGUUUACAACUCGAAUCGAGGAGUUGAAUUCAAAGUUGAGCUUCAAGACGAAUUCUCCAAGCCACCACAACCUGAAUCUCCAAGCGGAAACAUGCAACGGUUCUGUGCCGACUUCUUGUUUCGUCUCUGGAUUGGGUAAUGGCUCCUUGACUGGUUGCAUUAUACCCAAUUCUUCAUCCUUCUCCCAGUUGGCCAAGGAUUCUCCUUUAAUGGAUGAGAUAUCAGGAAUCGUGAGGGGGCAACGACAAGUUAUGCACCAAUUAGAUUGCCUUAGCAAUCUUCUUCGGGAACGUGAUAGCGCGGGGGAACGAUCCCGUCAAGUAAGAACAAAGAAGAAAACCAUAAUACCUGAUCCCGAGCCGCUAAGACUUCCUCUCUUGUUGACUGUAGCUGUGGGAGGUGUAGGAAUUUUGUUGUACAAGAGCUUAAGUCGUAAUUGAUUCAGAGAUUAUUAGAAGUUUUUCAUGUUUUUAUGAUUAUCCUCUGGUUGGGUUUCCACAAAUUGUGUUGCAGCGUUCACCCUUCAACGCGGGAAAGACGAUGGAUUAUUGAGACUGGAGGCAGAGAAAAGUUUGAGCUUUCAAGGUUCUCUUUGAGUUCUAUCUGAGAAGGGUGUAAUAAACUACAUUCAUUUCAGUAAUAGGUAGACGUCUCAACUACAUUUUUAUCUUU